CAUGUUUUGAGUUUCAACCAUGGUUUCCGCGCGUCUCCAACUUUCCUCUUAAUUUAUCAAUGGUCUAGAAUAAACGAUGGAGACCAGAGCCGGUGUCAGCCUGAUGACCAUGUACGAGGAUGAGUCCACUGAUGUUCGUUACGGAACCGGAGCCCGGUUACAGCUGUCACCGUGUGGCUGUGAGUUCAUGCUGGUGAAACCCACGGAUCCCUCCGGACAUCCUCUGCAGCCCAGCGAGAGGAUCCGUCAGAGGACCAGGUUCACCAUCAGCACGUAUAAGGAGUUGAUGGUAGAGGCAUUGGCAUUUAGGAAUAAAUAUGCUAGUCGACCAUACCUGCCGGAGGAGCUCAUCCCCAUUGACCACAAGAAGCCGUUUUGCAGCAUUGACUCUGACGUGCGGUGGCCUGAGACGUCUUCCUGUGAUGGGGAGCUCGGACCUGGAGGAGAGACUGUCAUCAGGUCUGAAGGGGGACGAGCUGCGUUGAUGCUGUCCCCCUCAGGUGAAGAGUUCUCCGUCGAGUUUACAUGCAGCCUCAGUCAGACUCAAAAUCAGCGCCGCGUCAUGCAGUCGUUCAGCAGAGACUUUGACAGCAGCUCAGGCAUUCAGCAGCAGCAGCAGCAGGCAAGCAAUCAGAUCUGUCAAACCAAAAUUGGGGAGGACAUAGAGGUUCAUCAGGGAAGAGAAAGCCGAAGGAGUGAGUCCACAAGAGCGAGGUCUUGCUCUCCUCGGAUCACCAGCACUGCUCAGCCAGAGCCAGAGAAGAUGUACCAAUCCACCACAGUGGUCCAGCAUCACUCCUGCUGCGCCGUUGCCCCCAUCUGGCGCUACCCUCUCUCCUUGGCCCUCCAUCUCUGGACGGCUUAUCCCUCUAAACCUGAAGAUGUCAGAGUAGAGGGAACCAGUGAUCUCACAAAGGCACACAGGGGAAUACAAAUGUCAGACAUAUCCAUUGAAGAGAGAAGGUCUCAACUUCCCCAGGCACUGCCUAUCACAUGUCCAUCACCUCACUGGCACAGGUGGAAGGUUAACGAACCACUGGACAAAAAAGAACAUUCAGGCCAAGAUCUUCCAACAGAGUUGGUAAAAGUGAUGUGGUGUCAAGGAGUCACCUACAGGAUACUGAGUGGGGCGGUCUCAGUCAUCGAGGUUUCCCUGGGAGACGGAUCAGUCAUCCACUCCAACGGUGUCCUUAACACUUAUUUUAUCCAUUACAAACCUCAGCACCUGUCAGGGCAGGUAAAAGAGAUAACGUACCAUCUGAACAACCUUCCACCAGACGUACCUGGACAGCUGUAUUCUGUGAGCUCUGUUGUGAGUCGUGCAAGCAGGAUCCUCACCUGCUACAACGAGGCCAAGCAAUCACUGAAGCUCCCUGCCACACCCAGCUGCUUGCAAGAGGCGAGUCAUAUUUCUAAACCAGCAAGGGCUGAAGAGAAUCUGUUCAAUCAUGUAGAGGUUGAGCAUCAUGUGAAUUUCACACAGAUGGUAGAAAGUCGGUCUGAUCUUGUCGCUGCAGAACUGGAGAAGAUAAAAAGAUUUAACUUUCUGCUGGAGAACAACCACCUGCUAAGAAGUGAGACAGGUUGUACAAAACUGGAAGGUAGCUCUGCAGAAGAGGUGACUCAUGAACCGCUGAAUGAGAACUGCAUCGCUGAGGCUCUUCAGAAAACAUCUAAAGCCAUUCAGGACAUUGAUGCUCUCAUAUCUGCAGCCACACUGACAUGAGAGUCCUGCUUUGGAAAAAAAUUUUAAGAAAAAUAAUAUAAAAUAAAAAAAACACAUUAGCUUGUUACAUGAAAAGCUGUAACGCUGUUUU